GGUCGUGUCUCAUGAGCAGCUCACGCUCUGGUGGGGAUGUGAACACCCGCAUCUCUGCCUCCACCCUCACCUACGUCUCGUCCCCCGUCUGCGGGACUGGCUGUAACCAAGAAGAAUCUGGGAUAAGGCUCGGGUCGUCACAGUCGAGCACUCUGCGCAAGUACGGGAGAGCCUGCACGAUUUCAUAGCUCAAGUUCUUGCCUGAGAUUCUGACCGAGGUCGCCCAUGUCUGCCUCGAAGCCGACGCAGUUGACGCCGUUUGGAUAUGCUCUGGCAGGAGCACUGGGCGGGUGCUUCAGUAACGCGUCAGUGUGCAUACCAUCUAUACCUGAAGUACUGACUGAAUUGGCCUAGCGUUGUAUAUCCUCUCGAUGU